GCGUUCUAUUGGCCAGUCGGAUUUUUAUUGCGGAAGUGGUUACUUUUCUCUUGCAGUUGGCAGGCAGGCAUUAUUUGCUUAAAACAAAUACUUUCCCAAACAUGUAUACAACACAAAACAUCGUCAACUCAAUAACAUCGACUUGAGAUGCGAAAACAAUUGAUUGACUUCAUAACAAGAAGACUGUGAAGACUGUCUACACGGGCGUGUGUGACGCGUCUCUUCCUACAUUCAUCGUGUUGACGAUCGAGAAUCGCUUUCCUAUUCGCUAACUACGGAUUUUUGACACUUUGCCCGCUAGUCGGUCGGGAUGAAGCCUGGAGUAGGUGCAUGUCAGGACCCCUGUCAGGGUGGUCCGGGGGUGGGUGACAGGGGGAACGACACCCUGGUGUCUCUACCCCCUAAAGACACCUCUGGCUCACCCGCGGGGUCACCUUCAGAGUUGGGAAGCCCUGGCACCCGCCAGGUCGCGACCUUUGACCUGCUCAAGAUGGUGGUGUCUUACAAGAGGAUGGCCCUGUUUCUGGAGCCGGUCACUGACACGUUGGAGCUGGCCCGCUACCUACUGGGGUGGAGGAUGCCUCUGUGCUCACUACUGGUCUGUGUACUGCUCAACAUCCUCUUCCUCACUCUGAGUGAAGUGGGGUGGUUCUCUGUGUGUGUUCUGGGGGUGUCUGCCCCGGCUGCCCUGGGUUACCUGCAGGACAGGUGUGGGGGCGGGGCGUCGGAGGCGGAGCAACAGAAGAGGCGGUGCCACGCGGUGCAUCGUAAGGACCUCCAGAACGUUCAGCUCACCAGACAGGACGCCAUGCUGGAAGUCAAGGACCUGUUAAAGCAGCUAGAUGACCUGUUGUCUCAUGCCUGCCUGUCUGCUGAGUCCGUCUACAAGCUCCUGUACUGGGAGAGCCACUCUGAGUCCUCUAGGUUCUACGGUGGCCUGUUAGUUGUAUUGAUGCUGCUGUAUUCUGUCCCUGUGGGCUGGGUGCUGGCCUGUCUCACUACUGCACUCUUCCUGUGGAACCGAGACUUCUGCAGGGUUGUGUUGGACCUAAGGGAGGUGGUCCAGUCUGGCCAGAACCCAUCCUCAGGAGGAGAGAUUGACCUCACAGAACCGGACCACAGCAGCCUGGACCGGACUCCCACUGCUACCAGCUUAGAGGACCUGUCCCCGGGCAGCGUAGAGGAGGCUGAGGAGGCAGAGCCUGAUGAUGAGUUCAAAGAUGCCAUCGAGUUGACUCAGGAGCCCCCUAUCUCCCUGCAGGACUAUCUCAGACAGUUCAGUGUUACACGACGUCAUGACCGAGGUCAAAGACCUGAGACUCCCUUGGCUUUAGUGGAGGAUGAUGACAUAAGUUCAGAUUUGGACACCAUCUCCAUCACCUCAGACAACGGUCUGCUGAGCCGCAACGAGCCAAUCCGCAGUAAGGUGUCCAAACUGACGGAGAAGCUACGCAAACGCUACCCCACCAACAACACAGGUAACUGUUCCAGCUGCAGUGCAGUCUUCUCAGUGGUGAAGAGAAGGCGGAGCUGACAUCAGUAACUGUGGCAACAGCUUCUGCUCCAGAUGCU